AUGAGCACGCAGAAGAUCAUCCCAGGCCUUGAUGAUGACAUGGCCGAGGCACUACCAGGAGUUGAGAUGACUCCACCUCUGGAUCAACCUAUUGCGUUUACAGGGGCAGUGACACCGAAGCCCAUCCAACGAAGCAGAUCAUCGAGAAGUUCAUUGACACCGAAGCUUCAGCCAAGCAGAUCGCAAAUGUUGGCAAGGAUGCCGACGAGUAGAGCCGAGAUGCUGGCCAAACAGAACCGAGCGAUCGCGAAAAUCAAAGCUCCGUCCAAGAAAAUCUCAACGUCCGAGUGGAUGGCAUACAGAAUCGACCAAUACAUUUCAACUAGGAGAGGACAAACAGCGUCACUGUCGAUACUGGGACUGAUGCUCAUGACAAUAGGCGGGUUCUUCUUAAAAGCAGUGGAACCAUCGCAUGCGUUGAGGGAAACAGUGUGGGAAGCGUGGACAUAUUUGGCGGAUGCAGGCACGCAUACAGCGUUAGUGGAAGAGGGCAUGCGAGUAGUGGGCGUAUUGAUGAGUCUAAUAGGUAUCUUGUAUUUCUCCGUGAUCAUGGGUUUCGUCGUCGACGGAAUUCGAGCCAAGAUGGAUAUGCUGAAAAAAGGCAAAUCAAAUGUUGCGGAACAGAAUCACACACUUCUUCUGGGAUGGUCUGACAAAUCGAUUUCUCUGAUUCGACAAAUCUGUUUGGCCAAUGCGAGUGAAAACGGUGGGGUUAUCGUGGUCCUCGCUGAAAUUGAAAAAGAAGAAUUAGAAUCCGAGUUAGAAUCUCAGAUGCGCAAAGAGGAACUUCGAGGAACACGCGUCAUUUUCCGUACAGGUACACCAUUGCUAUCGGUAGACCUUCUGAAAGUUUCGGCCCAUCGCGCAAGGAGUAUCAUUAUCAUGGCAAUUUCAUCAGGAGACGCAGAUCGGUCUGAUGCAGCUAUACUGCGUACUGUCCUCAGCUUGAAGACUUUACCCGAGUUAUCAGGGCACAUUGUGGCUGAGUUACGCGACAUCGACAAUGACCCGCUACUACGACUCGUAGGUGGAAAUGAUGUUGAAAUUCUGGUUUCGCACGAUGUUAUAGGCCGUCUAGUUCUCAUGUCAGCUCGAUCUCCUGGCCUUGCUCGAGUAUAUUCAGCUCUUCUGGGCUUUGAAGGCAACGAAUUCUACUUCAAAGCGUGGCCCGAGUGCGUCGGUGUAUUGUUUAGUGGUCUUGCUGAGCGUUUUCCAAACGCAACUCCAUUAGGUAUUAAGCGGAAAAGUGGCGAGGUAUUUAUUUGUCCACCAGCAGACUUGGCUGUCGAAGAAGGAGACGAAAUUCUGGUUUUAGCCGAAGACGACGACACGUACAAGGCGUGUCCUCCAGUACCGAUUGAGGUUGGGAAAGUGCCAGUGCCUCCGGCUAAAGUGUCUAGUCAAGAGCGGAUUUUAAUGUGCGGAUGGCGUCGAGAUAUCCGAGAUAUGAUCCAGCUACUCGAUGCUGUUGUCCAGUCUGGAACAGAGCUACACAUGAUUUGUGAAGAACCCAUUCAGUUGCGGAAUAAAAGCCUGCUCGAUAGUGGCUUGGACAUUAACACCCUGACGAAUCUGAGGAUAGUUCAUCACUUGGGCAACACGGCAAUCCGAAGACAACUCGAAAAACUUCCUUGGAGCUCCUUCACGUCGAUCAUGAUAUUGUCGGAUCAGUCUCGAGAAACUGAUAUUAUGCAUUCAGAUUCACAUUCAUUGGCCUCUUUACUGCUGAUUCGAGACUUACAAGGGCAAAGCUUGAAAAUGACCAACGAGUCGGACGCUGUGCCCAAUUACUGUAAGUGUAUCAGCGAAAUUCUGGAUCCACGGACACAACGAACAAUUUCGACAAGCGCGACGAUACUCAAACUGUCAGAGUUUAUUCAAUCGAACGAACUCGUGAGUUGUAUCCUGGCGAUGAUUUCUGAGAGUCGAGAUGUACGAGUGAUACUUGAUGAGUUACUGGGACCUCAAGGGGCGUAUUUCGAAGUAGAACCUUCGACUCGGUACUGUGAAGUAUUCGAAAAAGUAUCAUUUUGGCAAUUGGCCAAGCGGGCGAUGACUCGAGGUGAUAUUUUGUGUGGUUAUCAAGUUCGUGGUGCAGAAGAAACUGUGUUAAACCCGGAAGGCAAAGAUCAGCCCAGACUAUGGAGCAACACAGAUGUAAUCGUGAUAAGAAAUGCCAAGAACAAUGUAUUGCCGACUCGGAGAUCUUCCCUCACUGUUGUGAAUGCUGACGACUUUGAGCGCACCACCAAGAGCCGACAAGUGAAGGACCAGCUUUCUCGACAAAGGUUAUUGUCUGCUAUUAUCCAAGACGCAGAUCUUGUCAAACCUACGAAAGCUGGUGAUGUCGAGCGUACAACCGUCAUGAGAGCAUUGUCCAGUUUCGCCGAAGAUGACGACGAUGGCUACGGUAGCCAUUCCACACCGUUCGGGUUUUCUCUAAAUCGACAAACCAACGUCCGUAGUCUUAUCACUGCCGCAAGAAUGCUGGCUGAUGCGCUUGAACAGGCCGAAAACAGUCGCUCUAUGGGCAACGAAUCCUGCGAAGAGUUCGACGAGACCCUGUCCGAAUUUGAUUAAGGC